GUGCUGCCGAGGGGCAGGAGAGCUGGGAAGUCUUUGGGGUCCUUGUCUAAGUCUCUGGGCAAAGCCCGCCAGAGGCAGAAGAGGUGGGCCGGUUCCUGGACAUGCCCGGUGGAAGGAGGGGACCCAGCCGGCAACAGCUAAGCCGAUCCGCUUUACCGUCUCUCCAGACAUUGGUUGGUGGGAACUGCGGCAACGGCACUGGUCUGAGGAACAGGAAUGGUAGUGCGAUCAGCCUGUCCGCCCCUCCCAUCACUGCCUUGAUCACCCCCGAGCCCGUGCGGCAUUGCCGAAUCCCCGAACUGCCUGUGGACGGAAACCUGCUCUUCGAGUUCCUCUUCUUCGUCUACCUGCUGGUGGCCCUUUUUAUUCAGUACAUCAAUAUCUACAAGACAGUGUGGUGGUACCCAUACAACCACCCCGCCUCCUGCACUUCGCUGAACUUUCACCUCAUCGAUUACCACCUGGCAGCAUUUAUCACAGUGAUGCUGGCGCGGAGGCUGGUCUGGGCCCUCAUCUCUGAGGCCUCGCAGGUGGGUGCGACGUCCGUGAUCCACUGCGCGGCGCUAAUCCUGGCGCGCCUGGUGCUGCUCACCCUCUGCGGCUGGGUGCUCUGCUGGACUCUGGUCAACCUCUUCCGCAGCCACUCGGUCCUCAACCUCCUCUUCCUCGGCUACCCGUUCGGCGUCUACGUCCCACUGUGCUGCUUCCACCAGGAGAGCCGGACGCAGCCCCUGCCCCCGGACUGCGACUACUUGGUGCAGGAUCAGCUGGUGGACGUGGGGGUCGGCGGCUUCGUCAAGCCCAGAGACUUUCUCUCCCUCUUGCGGGAGUCCCUGAAAGAACAGUUCAACCACCCGACACCAAUCCCCACCCACAGCUGCCCCCUGUCCCCUGACCUCAUCCGCAACGAAGUGGAGUGCCUGAAAGCCGACUUCAACCGCCGGAUCAAGGAGGUCCUCUUCAACUCCCUCUUCAGUGCCUACUACGUGGCCUUCCUGCCACUGUGCUUUGUGAAGAGCACCCAGUACUACGACAUGCGCUGGUCCUGCGAGCACCUGAUCAUGGUGUGGAUCAACGCCUUCGUCAUGCUCACCACCCAGCUGCUCCCUCCCAAGUACUGCGACCUACUGCACAGAUCGUCCGCCCACCUGGGCAAGUGGCAGAAGCUGGAGCACGGCUCGUACAGUAACGCCCCCCAACACAUCUGGUCAGAGAGCACAAUCUGGCCCCAGGGAGUGUUGGUGCGGCACAGCCGAUGUCUGUACAAAGCGGUCGGGCCUUAUAACGUCGCAGUGCCUUCAGAUGUCUCCCACGCCCGCUUCUAUUUCCUCUUCCACCGCCCGUUACGGCUCCUGAACCUCCUCAUCCUCAUCGAGGGCAGCGUGGUUUGCUACCAGCUCUACUCCCUCCUGCGCUCGGAGAAGUGGAACCACACGCUCUCCAUGGCCCUGAUUCUCUUCUGCAACUAUUACGUCUUAUUUAAACUCCUGCGGGACCGGAUAGUAUUGGGCCGGGCGUAUUCGUACCCUCUCAACAGCUAUGGGCUGAAAGCCCAUUAA